AUGACUUUGAGCUAUUUUAAUGGCUGCGUUUAACUUGUGUCACUACAGUAAUGCAGCUUUUCUUCUAUAAAUCUAGAAAACGAAAAGAUAAUUUCACUUAUCUCAGUACAAUAAUUAUUUAAGGUGAUGUUUAUGUAUCCACGUGAGGACCCAGGCUUGAAUCUGAACUCAAACUCAUAUUUAAAGUCUUAUUGGGACUGUUUUUCCAACUCUCUACUGACAAAUAGGAUCAAUAUGUCCGAUUGAACUGUUUGACACAGAGCUCCACUGUGGACGCAUGUACAAUGAAGACCUCAGUGCUCACCUAACUUACACCCAGGUGUGUAACAAUGUUCAGACUACAAUGUGUGAGGCCCUGCCUCAGAAGACUCCUCCAUCAGGGUGCGGGGAUCAGAGACCAGGUUCUGGAGGGGCUGCAAGUUUGCUCUGCUGAGGACCAGGUGCUUGAUCUGGUGGGGAAGAACAAAGCCAAGCUGACUGUGGAGCAUGUGAGCUGUGCUGUGAGGAUGCUGUGGGAGUUUCAGAAGGAGAGGCCUGAACUGCUCAGGACUGUCCACCUCAUCAAGAGUCACCCGCAGUUCUUGACCCUCCGGGUUUUGGCAGAGAAUAAAAUCACUCUGAUGGAUGACUUCACACUGGUCGACAUGCUUUAUGCUUUCCUCAGGCUGAAUGUGGAGCAACAUGACUCUCUUGUGCAACAGAUGGUUUCAGAAGCUUGGGUGAGAGUAGACAGUCUUCCCAUGUCAUCUUUGUCCAAGUUUGCGGUGGUUUUACAUGAUCAGCACCUCCAAAGCAGUCCUCUGAUGGGUCACAUCACCAGCAUUUUGGACCAGAGGUUAUUGUCGAUAGAUGAUGCCAGGAUCUUAACGGCUCUGAUGAUCAGCGUGGCGUCCCUCGUGUCCACACGGCUGCGGGACGCUCUGAUCAGCAGAGCUGAAUAUCUACUGCACACCGUCGACCCCUUGAAUUACAACACCCCAAGGAGGAUGGUGCAGUUUCUGCGCAACAUCAAGUACAUUCACCGACCCCUGCUGGAGAAGUGCAAUGAGAUUUUUUUGCGCAACAUUGCCAGACUGGAUGCUGAGAAUAUCAGCAUAAUCUUGGGUCUGUAUCAGUCCCUUCAGUUCAACAACUGCGACUUCAGGCUGGCUGCUAAAGAAAGGCUGACCGAGCUGAUCGACACAAGCACCGACCCUUUCUCCUUCUCUAAACUCUUCGUCGCUCUGGCACCAAUCGGCAGUCCGGACAUCAGGGAAAGGUUGGAGAACACCACGCUCCUGGUGGCAGAUGAGUUCAAUCCUCAACAAGCUUUGGCUGUGAUUGAAGCCCUGGAGGAGAUUCAGAGCAGAAACCUCAUUUUAUUGAACAAAAUUGCAUCCGUGAUCCAGAAGAACCUCCAUGUCUACAAGUCGGUGGAGGUGGCCAGGAUCACCCAGGCCCUGUUCCUGUUGCAUUAUCAGAACCCAGAACUCUUCAUAAACCUUAGAAAGGUUUUGGUUGGUUUUUUGCAGCGCAGCUUCUACCCAUACGAAGUGACCAUGCUGACCCGGGUGCUCUCCAUGCUGCCCAGCCGAAGGCUUGACGAGGGCGUGGUCUCGCGGGUGGACGACGUGAUAGCGCAGUGCAGCCUCAGCGAGCUCAAUACCAUCUCCUUCGUCGUCGCCAAGUGGAUCCGGAACGAUCCAUCGUACCGCCACAACACCCACAGCAGGUACGUGCGCCUGCUGCAGCGGCUGAGCCACUGCGGCCACGAAAGGCUGCAGACGGCGGACCGGCUGGACCUGCUGCUGGAGGAGCUCAAGUAUGUCUCGGGAGAGUGGUUCGAGGAGAUGCUGCUUGACAAGACAUUCGUCACACUGAAGAGAAUGAUCGAUCAAAUUAACCCAAGCAACGUUUCCGACUUGGCCUUCUUCCUGACCAGAACCAACCACCUUUAUCCUCCUCUGAUGGACAGAAUUGCCAGUGUGGCCACUGAACACAUUGACGAGAUUCACUUCUCAGCCACAUAUGCCACCCUGCUACCAUUUUCCGUCCUGAAUUAUGAACCUGUUCAUGCAGACGAGCUUUAUGAUGCUUGUAUUAAGCGCUUCACUCCUCACAUUAGCUCCUUUGACCCUCAUCUACUUGUCCUCAUGGCAUAUUCUUUGGCUGUAGCUGACCGUUUUCCUGAAGAAUUAAUAAGAGAAAUCUUCAGCAUUGAUUUUCUUGGAAAACUGGACUGUCAGCUGGAAAGCCUGCCCGAAACCCUCAACAUGAGGACGCGGCAGCGCCUCAUGGACCUCAAUCGGGCCGUGUGUCUGGAAUGUCCAGAGUUUCAGUUGCCGUGGUUUCACGAGCGUUACUGCCAACAGCUGCAAAAGAAAAGGAAUGGCUCCAUCAGUCCGGUACAGCAGCAGAUCCACAAAAUGUUGGGUGAAGUUCUUGGUGGAAUUAACUUUGUUCAAGCAGCCGUCAUCACUCCAUAUUUUUACACCGUAGAUUUCGAAUGUAAACUGGACAAACACUUGCAGCCAUUGCCUUACUCUGAGCUGAGCACUAUGCAGAUCUCAGACAGAGGAAAUGUUCUCUGGGACUCGAGUUCACUGGAAAACGCCCGAGAUGAGCUUCCAGCUGGAGCUCAACGCGUCGCUAUUGACUUUCUGGAUUCCAAGUUCUUCUGCAAAAACUCUCAUCACAUGAAAGGUGAAGCCUUAAUGAGAAGGAGACACCUUGAGAUUCUGGGAUACCGUGUUGUUCAGAUCCCUCAUUUUGAGUGGAACUCCAUGGAGCUUUCCACACACCACGCAUGGAAGGAAUAUCUUAGAAAGAAAAUUCUGGGAUAAUUUUCCUCCUGAUGCCGUAUUUAUGGGACAAUGACAGAAAUGUUGCAUAUGAGGCACCUAACCACCACUUUGAUAAAGGUCUGAGCAGAUUAUCUGAACAAAGUGUUAUUAUGUGAAGUGCUCCUUGUGUUUAGAAGAUAUGGUGUUCAGCUGGCAUGACUCUACCUCAUUCAUGUUAAAUGACAGUGAAUUAUGUGCUUUUGUAUUAAAUAAUUAAAAAACAAAACUAAA